AAUCGGGGGCGCUGGGCGCUUUUCCCAGCACCCCCCGCGGGCGGCUUGUACACAAUCAUCAUGGCCUCCGCCUCCCCCGGUGCGCACUCAGAUGACACCAGCAUGGAUGCCGAAGCCCAGAAUCCACCACUGGGCUGUAGGGAUGAUAGUAAACAUGACUCCCUUUCAGCUGAGAAACCUUUGGAGGUAGAUGAACCCCAAAGCGAUCAUCCACCUGAUUCCCAGGCUUCUGUCAGCAACGGCGGUGAUUCUGAGAUGGAGAAAGAGCUGGUUGAGCUAAAAAUUAUCUGGAACAAAACUAAAUAUGACUUGAAGUUCCCUCUGGAUAGCACAGUGGCUGACUUGAAGCAGAAAAUCCACUCACUCACAGGCCUUCCACCUGCAAUGCAAAAGGUCAUGUUCAAAGGACUUCUACCAGAGGAGAAAACUUUACGAGAAAUCAAAAUAAUCAGUGGAGCAAAAAUAAUGGUGGUUGGCUCAACUAUCAACGAUGUCUUGGCAGUAAACACACCAAAAGAUUCCACUCAGCAGGAAGUGAAAUCAGAAGAGACCAAAAAGGAGCCCCUCUGCAGACAAAAGCAACACAGAAAAGUGUUGGAUAAAGGAAAACCUGAAGAUGUGAUGUCUUCUGUCAAGGGUGUCCAAGAGCGCCUGCCAACUGUUCCUUUAUCGGGCAUGUACAACAAAUCAGGUGGAAAAGUGCGGCUCACCUUUAAACUUGAACAAGAUCAGCUCUGGAUUGGCACUAAAGAAAGAACAGAAAAAUUGCCUAUGGGAUCUAUCAAGAAUGUGGUGAGCGAACCUAUUGAAGGACAUGAGGAUUAUCACAUGAUGGCCUUCCAGCUGGGUCCUACAGAAGCCUCUUACUACUGGGUCUAUUGGGUCCCUACUCAAUACGUUGAUGCGAUCAAGGACACGGUGCUGGGGAAGUGGCAGUAUUUUUGAAGGCACGCUCACCUCUGGCACUGGAGACUGACACUGCUGGGAGAGGCCUGUACGUGGGUUGUCCUGGAACGUCUUAAUCAAUACGAUCUCAAAGAGGCCUGGGAGGACGCCAGAGGUGGGGACUCUCGCCAUUAGUUUAUUUUUAACUUAAAAAGUGCAGCAGCCCUUGUUCUGCAGCCAGCUUCAACCAUAUUUAAAAAGCAAAAUACAAUGGAAAUCAAUAAAUCUUAAUUCACAAA